ACACACACACACACACACACACACACACGCUCCUCCUCUGGGAUCGAUCAGCCUCACACUGACUGAUCUCUGAUCAGUUUCCUUCAGUUUUUAUCGAUAGUUUUGCUCUGGGUGUCUGUGGGUCUGUCUGUCGGUACUGGUCUGGUUUUAUCUAGUUCCUUCUGGUUCCGGCAGCUUGUUCCGGAACUUUUUGGACUCAGUGAGGAGCUUUAGUCUCAGGUUAACUGUUAGCAUCUUUCCGCUGUAGCUGUACUAGCCUCUGUUAGCUUCAUCUCACGGAUCAUUUCCUCCUCCGAGAGUCUGUUUCACACCGAACCUCCCCGCUGCUCUCCGGACAGGACUGUUAGCUUAGCUCCGGUGAUAGUUAGCCGGUUCGGUUCUGUGCGCGGGGCAGCUAAGCUAACUAGCAAACAAUUAGCCUUAGUUAGCAGCUAGCGUACAGCCCGGGCUGCCUCCGUCCUCGUCAUGCCGGCGAUGCUGGAGAGAAACCCGGAGGCUCAGGGAAGGGAGAGGCAGAGCCCGGCGGGCAGCGGCCCCGGGGCAGCAGCGAACACCGGCGGAAAAAGCCUGUCCGGUAAUGGAACCAGCACGAACAACUGCUGGGAAGAAGGAAGUUCAGGCUCCAGCAGCGACGAGGAGCAUGGUGGAGGAGGGAUGCGGGUCGGGACGCAGUACCAGGCCGUUGUUCCGGACUUUGACCCGGAAGUGGCCCAGGCAGCUCACCUGAGAGAGAACCUGGGCAUGUUGGUGUGGAUCCCCAGCAGCUGUCUGAACCAGACUCAGUUGGACGAAUACAUCGCCAUCGCCAAAGAAAAGCACGGAUACAACAUGGAGCAGGCCCUGGGGAUGCUCUUCUGGCACAAACACAACAUCGAGAAGUCUCUGGCUGAUCUUCCGAACUUCACACCGUUUCCUGAUGAGUGGACGGUGGAGGACAGAGUUCUGUUUGAGCAGGCGUUCAGCUUUCACGGGAAGAGCUUCCACCGCAUCCAGCAGAUGUUACCUGACAAGUCGAUGGCCAGUCUGGUUCGGUUUUAUUACUCGUGGAAGAAAAGUCGCAGUAAAACAAGUCUGAUGGAUCGACAGACACGGAAGCAGAAGAGAGAGAGAGACGACAGUGACGAAGAAGUUGAAGACAGACACGUAAACCCUCAGAGUGACUCCGAGUUUGAUCCCAAAAAAGAGGAGAAGAAGGAGGUGAGCUCUGGACCAGAGAGGACAGAGGUCAAACCAGCUGGACUGAAGAUGGGCAGUAAGGCGUCUCAGCGGUUGAAGAAACGUCCUCCUCGGGGAAUGUUUCUGAACCAGCAGGACGUGGUCUCGCUCUCCUCUGCGUCUCCUCAGGGACUCAUCAGACAGCUGGACUGUCAGCUGGUCUCCAUCAAGAGACAGAUCCAAACAAUUAAACAGUCAAACGGUGUUCUGAAAGAGAAACUCAGUUCAGGUGUCAACGAUUUCAGACAACCUGAGGUGAAUCAGAAGUUUAACACUCGUUGGACCACAGAGGAGCAGCUUCUAGCUGUACAAGCCAUCAGAAAGUAUGGGCGGGACUUCCAGGCGAUCUCAGAUGUGAUAGGUAACAAGUCGGUGGUUCAGGUGAAGAACUUCCUGGUGAACUACAGGCGGCGGUUCAACCUGGACGAGGUUCUUCAGGAGUGGGAGGCUGAACACGGGAUGGAGGGCGGAGUCGUGGGUGGAGAAGACGACAAGAUGGAGGAGAAGAUGGAGGUGUGUCCUGAGGAAGAAGAGCUUCCCACCAAGGAGACAAAGGAGGACCCAUCCUCUCCAGUGGAAUCCCAGAAGCCCCUGGCCUCCUGAGACGUUUUGACCCCGCCCCCUGGUUUGAUGAUGUCAUCAUGUGUUUAUUUUAUAUUUUCUCCGUUUAUCAGGACGUGUGACUUUUAUUGAUCAGGUAAAAGGGCGUGAACUGUCACCUUUUAUCGCUGCUUGCUCUGGACCAAUCAGGAAACAGGCUGACCUGUCAAUCAAAGUGGGUGGGACCUGUUUAUUUCCUUUGUUUUUUCUAGUUUCAAACUGUUUUAUUUGGAUCUUUUUCUUUUACUUUAUUUGUCUUCCUGUGUAUGGAGGUGGCUUUUUUUGAGGGUAGGGUCAACUGAAGCAGCCAUAUUGGAUGAUGUCACUCAGGUAGGGGACCUUACCUGUCCUGAUGAUGUCAUCAUGUUUCUGGGAUUUUAGGACCUUUUUAGAGAAAUGAUAAUGAAACCAAAGUUCAUCAAUAAAUGACUUUUCUUCCUCA